GCUUGAAAUGAAUUAAUAGCAAUUGAGAAUUACACAUUUAUCUGAGUUUCUAUCUGAUUUUUCCUCGACCUCAGGAGAAAAUUCUAAACAAGAGUCGUGGUAAUAUUUAUCUGGCACUUUUCGAGGUAAAGAAAUCCAUCGGCAACAUCAUGUCGAAAAUUAUAAGACCUUCUAUGCCUUUUCAAACUGGAAUCCCCGGAGGAAUUUAUGAUGGAAAAAUGAUUGAAAUAAAAGGCAGAAUUCCGUAUGGAGCUGAGAGAUUCGAAAUAAAUUUGAUAGCCGGGUUCGAUUCUUCUUCGGAUCGAGUUCUUCAUCUCAGUAUCCGAUUCGAUCAGCACGGAAUCAUCGGGAGUAUGGCAGGUGGGGACCUGAGGAAAGGCAGGGGGCUUUCCCUUUCUCGUUUGGCCGAGAGUUCACGCUAAUGAUUGCAACUGAGAGGACUAAAUAUCGAAUUGCGGUGAAUAACCAGCACUGCUGGGACUUCAAACACAGACUACGGAUGGGACGAGUUGUGUCACUAGGCAUGUCCGGCACCGUUGACGUCUAUGAAAUCGAUUUCAUUGAAAGACCAAACCCUUGUCUGCCUGCCUAUUUGCCUACAUCUGUUGUCCAGCCAACUUCUUACAUCAAUCCUGGUCGUGCCGCAUAUCGAAACAUGGAGAAAGAUCCUUUGACCCCUAAUCAUGGCCGAUCGUAUGAAUCCAUUCGGAGAUCUCUACGGAAACUUCGGGAGAUACCGGAACAUGCCGAAUCGAAUGACCAACUCGCAAAGCAGAGCAAGCAAUGGAUGAAACGAAGACACAGCAGCGAAGGGUCAUUCAUCCACAUCACCGGGACUGGAACCAUCACCGAAGACGCACUCUUCUGCGGAAAAGGUGGCAUAGCAAGCGCAGGAAGCAGCCAAGAGCUGGACGAACUGCCCCACUGCAUUGGUCAAUACGGCGACUUCCACACCAUAGAUUGGCAGCGCGACCUAUCCAGGGACACUUACCGCCAGAAGUAUAUCGCGAGGAAAGCGAAAGAAUCCUACCGAGAGCUACUGAAAAGUUACUACGACAAGCUUUCUGGCUGGCUCUGUGUUUUCUGCGUCGGCGUGGCAGCAGGGUCUGUGGCAGGGUUUAUUGACAUCGGCGAGGGGUGGAUGAAAGAUUUGAAGGAGGGAAUUUGUCCGGAUGCCUUCUGGCUCAACAAGGAACAAUGCUGCUGGUCCUCCAAUGAGACAUUCUAUGAAGGUGACGAGUGCGACCAGUGGGUUUCAUGGUACAGAUUUUUCAAGUUGGACUACUUUUCUACAAAGGAAUACUUUUUGUCGUACACACUCUACGUUCUUUGGAGCUUGUUAUUCGCUCUGCUGGCCUGUUCCAUGGUCAAGACGUUCGCCCCUUACGCGAGCGGCUCUGGGGUGCCAGAGAUUAAGACGAUUCUGAGCGGCUUCAUCAUGAGAGGGUAUCUGGGGAAAUGGACCCUCAUCAUCAAGUCCGUGGGCACCAUGCUGGCCGUCUCCGCUGGUCUGAGUCUUGGCAAGGAAGGUCCUCUCGUGCAUAUCGUCUGCUGUUUGGGGAAUAUCUUUUCUUACUUCUUCCCCAAGUACGGAAAGAAUGAAGCAAAGAAAAGAGAGGUGCUAUCUGCAGCAGCAGCCGCUGGGGUGUCGACGGCUUUUGGUGCUCCUAUAGGGGGCGUUCUUUUCAGUCUGGAAGAAUUGAGUUAUUACUUCCCCAUGAAAACUCUAUGGCGCAGCUUUUUUUGUGCUUUGGUGGCUGCUUUCAUCCUGCGCUCCAUCGACCCUUUCGGUACAGACCAUAUGGUCAAGUUUUACAUGAAUACGACACGGGCCUGGAUCUUGGUGGAACUCCUACCUUUCAUGUUGCUAGGAAUCAUGGGGGGAACUAUUGGGGCAGUCUUCAUUAAAUGUAAUAUUGCGUGGAGUCGAUAUAAACAGUCUUCCAGCGUAGGGAAAUUUCCAGUUUUAGAAGUAAUGGUGGUGACUCUCCUCACAGCGUUGAUCAACUUUCCAAACGAAUUCACUCGUGUGAACGCCAGCGACCUCAUCAGGACCCUUUUCAGUCAAUGCGGAAUCAAUGACGUGUCCAUUCUAUGUGACUACAAACGAAAUAUUUCAUCAACGGAAAUGCAUAUUCUGGAAGCCGGUCCAGGGAUCAAUCAGUCUUUGUACCUGUUGCUGUUGGCCUUGCUGUGGAAGUUCACAAUCACCAUUUUUACGUUUGGAAUAAAAGUUCCAACCGGUCUCUUCAUCCCGAGUUUGGCGAUGGGUGCGAUUAUGGGAAGAAUCGUUGGCGUUGGAAUGCAGCAAUUGGCGUGGAAAUACCGUUCUUCGUGGCCUUUUCGCUCUGCUUGCGCCACUAACGAGAACUGCAUGGCCCCUGGCCUGUAUGCCAUGAUAGGAGCAGCUGCAUGCCUCGCAGGAGUCACCAGAAUGACAGUGUCUCUGGUUGUCAUAAUGUUCGAACUCACGGGUCGUGUGGACUACAUCGUGCCCUUGAUGGCCUCCGUGGUUGCAAGCAAGUGGGUGGCUGAUGCAAUUGAGAGGGAAGGAAUAUAUGAUGCUCACAUUCAAAUCAAUCAUUACCCAUUCCUGGACAACAAACACUCAUUCAGACAUUCCACACAGGCUGUGGAUCUUGUACGAAAUGCAGCGCUCUAUAAGGAAUUAGUUUCCCUAAGUCAAAGAGGGAUGACACUGCAAGAUGUAGAAAACAUUCUCCAUCGAACAACCCACAAUGGAUUUCCUAUCGUUAUAUCUAAAGAAAUACCCUACUUAAUUGGUUUUGUUCUGAGAAGGGACUUGUGUCUAGCAAUAGAGCAUUUAAAAGAGACAAAUCCUGAGGUAACGGAAAGAACGACAGUUGAUUUUAAUCACAGAAGCCCCGAAAAUUGGAAAGACUUCCAUUCUAUAAAUCUCAGUAGAAUUGUUGACAUGGCUCCACUAACAGUCACAGUACAAACACCAAUGGAAACAGUCAUUGAAAUGUUUUGUAAAUUAGGUCUUAGACAGCUUUUAGUAACAGAACAUGGGAGGUUGCUGGGUAUCAUCACAAAGAAGGAUGUCCUAAAUCAUGUUCAGGAGAUGGAAAAAAAGACUGAAUCAUGAAUGAAAAACUGACUUUAUCUACAUUUCAUGUUGUUCUUCAUAAAAUAUUUUAUUAAACUUCAUAAACAAUGCUGUAUACCAGAUAACAGUUUUAUAUGCCCAUAAAUUGAUAUUUAUUAUUCA